AUGGUUUCAAGUGGUAGAGCUUAUGAUGAUGUAUUAUGUGACAAAUCUGAAUAUGUGGAUAGGUCUCGUAUGCAUGGAUAUGUUGAUCUUCCACAUGCUGUAGAAAGACGUCAGUUUGAUGAUGCAUGGGAAGAUGGUAUGAGUCUGGGAUUAGGUCAAGAAUAUGAAAGUAAGCAAGAAGUGCGAGAUGUAACUGAUAGGGCUUCACAUGAGAAGUGUUUUGGGGUCUCUACAGUGAAGUCGGAUUCGAAGCUACUCGUGGUGAAAUGCCGUGAAGCGAAAAACGGUUGUGACUGGUACGUUCACGUUGAGAAAGUCAAGAAAUCAGCUUAUUUUUCGGUUAGAGCGUACAUGAAGAUGCAUACAUGCCCUCGUGCUAGUGCGAGUACAAGCAACAACAAAACUAAAGGCACAGGGCGAUUAGUUGCAUCUAUUUUGCAUGAAGAUUAUCAAGGUUAUAGUUCUGUGUACGGCAGCAAAAGGCCCCAAAGGAUAAAGAUGACUAGACAAGAUGCUAACAAAUCCUCCUCGUCUUCUACAAUUGAGAAACCAGCUUUCUGA